UGUGACGGAUGUGUGUGUGAUGAGAAAUCUGCCGGUUAGUUUUCUACAUAAAACUGCUCUUUUCGUCCAUCACUUUCAACAAUCUUUUUAGUUUAGGCAAGACACAACUUACUGUUACAUUGUCGCCUGCAAUCAUCAUGAGCUUCUUUGCCCGCUACAGGGUUUUGACAUUAGCUGCCGUUGGUCUUACUUUGGUCCAUGCUGGCUGGUACUAUAUUGCCAGUGAUCCAGUCUUCAAUCCUGAUCAAAAAGUUCUUCAGGUCACCCCUGAGUAUUUUAAAAGCAAGCAACCCAAACAGAAGAAAGCUGCUGUAGAAGGUGUCACAAAGUCCCAGUAAAUUACAAAGAGACUUUCACUAUAAAUCAUGAAGUUACCACCGUGGGUUGCUCGGAACAAGUUACUCUCAGUAGGCAUUGCUCUACUGUCCAUACAUCUAACCAUUUACACUGUCCAGAAAACCGCCCUCACUACCAAGUCUACCAAGAGGCUAAGGGGUAUAGAUAUGGAACAAACUGAGAGGAAGUAACCUCAACUAAGGACGCCAUCAAGAUGUCUUCUAUGUCCCCUGGUAAACUUAACUCACAGAAGAUUAAAGCUUCAACCACUCCUGAGAAAUUUCCUUAUUCUGAUGUCGAUCAAACUUUAGAAGCUUUCAAACUUCUCAUACAAUCAUGCUAUGGUCCUAAUGGAUACUUAAAAACGAUUCAGAAUUCUUGUGGAGGCCAGGUUAUGAUCACCUCCUCUUCCUCCGUGCUUGUGAAACAACUGUCUGUAUCUCGACCUAUUCUGAAACUAAUACUCUCUGCCGUCGGGGGUCAUGUAGCUGCCUGCAGUGAUGGGGGCCUUUUCUGUGCUUUGUUGACGACAAAUUUAGUAAAGUCUGUCAGGGAGUUGGAUCUUCAUCCUGUACUCUGCAUUGAGGUCAACGAACUUCUCCUCAAGAUGUGCGGGGAGUUUCUUGACGCUAACUGUGUAAGCAUCAAUGUAUCAGACGUCCAAACUAUGCUCAGCCUCGUUCGGACGGUCGUCUCUACAAAGCCAGCUUGUGGUCUCUCUGUAAGAGACACUAACAUCAUCGCUAACUUGACCCUCCAAGCCUUCCUGAAUGGCUUACCGUCCCCCACAGAGCAGAGCUUAAGAAUCCCAGCUGUCAGGUACAUCCUGGUGGAAGGCCAGACACCGGCAGAGUCUUCAAUUGUCGACGGAGUUCUGAUUGAGUGUCCAGAGAUUCCAACGUAUGCAACCAAGGAACGGGACAAUCUCCGCAGACAGAGCAUCAGUGUUGCUCUUUAUAACACCUCACUAUCGGGUGAUGAGGAAGGAAUCCCAGAUAUUGCCAUGGAAACCAAGGAAGGCGUCCAUCUUGAGGAUGCCUCUCUGAAUCAGCUACUAGUACUUGGGAGGCAUCUGGUCCAACAGAAGAUCGGUCUGUUGGCUUGUCAGAAGGUUGUCCAUCCUCAGCUGAAACGCUUCCUGAGAAGCCAUGGCGUACUGACAAUAGAUAGAUUGUCAUUGCUUCAUAUUGAUGCUGUCCAGACAAUCACUGGAGCGAGAGUGCUUGGAACUCUUCAGGCUUGUAUCCCAGAAGGUUCUUUCGGUCAUCUUGAUGGGAUGGUCCACCUUGUACUGCACGGCAAGAGUUAUUUCCAUCUCCAAAACCCCAGCCGUCCCGUCUCCACAUUUGUCUUAUGCAAUAGAACUGAAUCCUCACUGGAUGAAUUGAAGGCUACAUGUAGUGCAGCCAACCAUGUUCUAGCGUUGACGCUGUCACAUCCUAUGGCUGUACCUGGCGCUGGUUGCUUUGAAGCGUGUCUGGCUGCUCAUUUACAACAACAGAGUGCAUCGAUAGAUUCGGAAGUCUUCAUAGAUCUUGGAUGCACACGUUCACAAUUCAAAACAGCUGCCAAUAACUUCAUCCAUUGCAUCGAGCAAGUAGCAAGGGCCACUGAGCAUGGGCAAGACACUCAAAUCACUGAUAGCGUCCACCACCACCGAUGGCCUCUCCCUCGCGGUGUAAACCCAUCUGAUUGGUUGAAUCAGUGCGCAUGUGGAAUGAAGUCAUUUGACAGGAAUAGCGAUUGGCAGAUUCUUGGUGCAAAGGGCGAUGGUGCAACCCACAAACUGAAGGAUCCCGUUGAGACAAAAGACUUCGCAGAGCAAAAUCAUCUUGGCAAAGAGCAGAAUAAGUGUGAUAUACAAGACCAGGGCUACCUAGAAGCGGACAAAGAACUUGGACUCUUACUUGACUCUUUUGUUGUGAAGCAAAAUGCCUUGCAUGUUGCUGUUGAAACAGCUAACAUAGUGCUACGCGUUCACCACACUAUAGAGGAUCGUUAAUCCUUCUUAACGAGGUCGUUUAGUGAUAAUUGGAAAGUCCGAAUACAGGAAAUUUUAGUCUCUGGGCUCCAUCCAUCUCUGAUAACAAACUAUGGUUUCAUUUGAUAGUUCAAGUAAAUGUAUUUCUUUUGUACCAUAUUGGUCACUGAGUCAUAUUUUAAUUUGUCUUAUACAUCAUGUGGUGCUUUAUAUGUGGCAUGGCGUACCCUACCCCCCUCCCCCCCCCCCUCCUUCUCCUAUUGUGCCUUCUUUGUGUCUUCAAAUCCAGGAUUCCUGAUAAUCCCAAAACACAAUGAAGACGCGAUAGUAGCGGGAAUUCUGUACAGGAUUUUUUGUUGGGGGUACUUUGGUACAAACAAAGGCAGUGGACACUAUUGGUAAUUACUCAAAAUUAUUUUUAGCAUAAAACCUUACUUGGUAACGAGCAUUGGA